AUGAUCAAAUACCCACUAAAACAUCAUCCAAAAUUCGUCACGACCCUCAGCUUCUACCCCGUCAUUUCCUGUUCAUAUACCAUUGCCUGCACUUUUCUUUCUUCGUCCUUUACACGUGACAUUUUCUUCUUACUCUUUCUAUCAUGGUCUUUCCAAUUCAGUUUUAUUUUCACGCUUUUCCCAUGUUUCCGUCGUCUUUUCAAUAUUUUUUCUUUCUCUUCUUCUAAUAUUACUACUACGAUAAUUACUGUUUUAUUUUCUCUCUCAAUUUCCUUCUUCAAAAUCAUUCUUCUUCGUCGUCGCCUUUUAUAUAUUCUUUGUUUUCUUAUGCAUUUCUGUCACUCUCUUUUGCGACCUAUUAUUUCUUUCUUUCUUUUUUUAUUCAUUCUGUUUCUUCAUCUUCUCUGCAUGGUAAUUUUAAUCAUUUUCCUACAAACUUUUAAUGUUCAAUUUAUUCUUCUUUGUAUUCAUUUUGCAUUUUCUUUUUUAACGUGUUUUCUUCUUCCUGUAUGUUCGUUCUUUUUCGUUUCAAUUUGUUUCCUCACCAAUCUCUGUUUUAUUCCUGUUUUUACUUAUUGUUUCCUCUUCGGCGUUUUAAAUCAUUUUGUAAACUGCACAGUACUUGAACCUGUGCAUUUCUUUCUUUACCAUACAACAAUAAAUCACCUUUUUAACCCGAUUACUUUUUCCCUUUCCAAUUUACUCAAUAUACCCGAAGACAACGGUUUAUGUCCUUACCUCGCCUUUCUGUCCUUCCAUCUCGCUCUGCCUUGCUUAAUUCAUUUUCUAUGA